UGACCUAUGAAUACAUUAUUUAAAAUGUCUAAAUGGACUAAGCUGGCUAGAUAAUCAGGAAGCGUUUUAUCAAUUAAAAAUGACUGAAAACAAAUUUAUAAAAUGUGUUGUUGUUGGUGACGGAGCAGUUGGGAAGACUUGCAUGUUGAUGAGCUAUGCAACUAAUAAAUUUCCAACGGAAUAUGUACCUACAGUUUUUGACAAUUACGCUGUGACAGUCAAUAUAAAAGGUCAGCCUCACCAGUUAGGGUUGUUUGACACAGCUGGCCAGGAGGAGUACACAAGCUUAAGGAUAUUAUCCUAUCCUGAGACUAGUGUGUUCUUGGUUUGUUACUCUGUGGUCAUGCCCGAGUCUAUGAGACACGCUGAGGCUAAGUGGGUACCAGAGUUUCAUCAUACAGUGCCAAAAGCCCCGUUCAUCCUUGUGGGCACACAGAUUGAUCUACGAGACGACGAGGCCACAAAACUCAAACUGCAGAAGAGGAAGCUGCGCCCAGUAACGACAGAGGAAGGCCAGCGACUGGCUAAAAGGUUGGGCGCUGACUCUUACGUGGAAUGUAGCUCCCUAACUCGGCAAGGUUUGAAAGAUGUUUUUGACGAGGCGUUACUUGCUGUUCUUGAACCCAAACAUACAAAGCCGGAGAGAAGAAAGCAUGGUUGUAACAUUUUAUAAUCUAUCAAUCUCCUAGACUUACAUAUCAUUGGGGCCUGCUUUAUCAAGUAAAUCCAAUAGUGUUGUUUCCAGAGCUGUAAGAGAUGGCAAAACUUUCUCUGUUUGACUUAACAAACUUGUGACCCAAAGAAACUCAUUUAGUGCUGGACUUAACAUUUUGAAGAGCCUCCCCAUUUUGUCAUAUCACGGCACUUCAAAAAAGUGCCUUAACACUGCGUCAUAAAAUGUUGCCCUAGUCUGUGCUAUAGUUGGCUUGUAGCUUGCAUAAAUGGUCUCUAAUAUUUCCUGUCCAAUUUUGAAGCAAAUUAGCACAAUCUUCAUAUCUAGAUAAACAAUUUAAAAAAAGGAGAUUUGAUUAUAAAAAAGAAAUUAUGUGGUAAAAUGUGUGGGUUUAUUUUGUUUGUUUCUUUUUUUUUUAUUAGAUUAGAAAAGAUCCAUUGUUAAUUUUUGAAUGUUUGUUAAUGUUGACAUGCUUCUUUUCAGAUUAUGUAGAUUGUAGCUGGAUAGUGAAAAAUUGAUACAACUUUUUUUUAUGACAGUUAACAUAGAGCAAGCCACUAGCCAACAAUCAAAUACUAACCAACAGUUGUGAUGGUGUCUCACAGACAUCUGUUUGACACAUUAAAACAAAAUGAAGUAAAUUGCAAUAGAUGAAAAUGUUUGUAAUAUUUUCUUUUCAAGUGGACAUCCUAACACUUACUCGCAGAUCUCAAAAACCUUUUCAACUUACGAAACCCUUUGUUUCAAUAUAUUCUAAAUAUUAGUCAUAAACGGAACCUAUUGAGUCAUGUAUAAAAAAGACAAUUUUGUCUACAAAAUAUUUAUUAAUUGUUUUUACCCUUUGUUUAUUCUAUUUGUUGUAGACUGCACUGCCUCUAGCACUCCCUGCAUUUAUUUUUCAAUACUGUUCAACAUUUAAAAAAACAAACAACCUCAGACUAUUUCGCAUAUAAUACUAUUGCCUAUAUUUUGUUAAUUUUUAAGUAACCUAUAAUUUUAGCUACAGUUAAUAUUUUGUUUUCAGUUUGUUAUUGCUUGUCUCCCACUAAUAUUUUUUUUUUGUAACAUAUUCUAUUUUGAGGGGAGCUAUAGUCUUAGAGAAAAAAUACAAUUGUUCACUUAUAUACAUAGAAAAUAUUAUUUUUUUUACACUUUCAAGCCCACUUCUUAUCUUGCAUUAUUUUUUGUAAUGCGUUCAAGUAUUGUUAUUUUGUUUACAUUUGUAUAUUGUUAUCUAGGGGGUCAUUGCACACACCUUGCUCACUCGACACACAUUUAAGCUAGGGUGCCAUCAAAACCUAAAAUAACUUCAAAUGUAUUGUUUGUAUGUAAUAUAUAACAGUUGUUUGGUUAGCUCACACUUAGCAUAGAUCCACAGUGGUAUACUCUUUGAGGCACAAAUUAUUAUGUACAGUAAAACUUAAUUACCAGUUUGUCAAUCAGGAUGGUACAUUAUUAACAUUAGAGUAAACCUGGUAUGUUCAGUAUAAGUAAGCAGUUCAUGGCAGGAUAAUGGCCUAGUGUCCAACAUCAGCAUGACUCUCUGUGCUACCCUUAGAGCUUCCGAUAUCAUCGGCAUUACAGACAUUGCCAUUUUUUAAUUUCAUCUUCUUCUUCUUAUUAAGUUGCAGUGUUCAUAUGACUAGUCCUAUAUCUGAGAUAAACUGUGCUGUAGUUUCACUUACCAUUUAGUUUGACUUCUUUAGAGAUGUUUUGGUGCCAGUUGCUUGUUUGGGCCUCUUGAUAGAGAAUGCACCUUUAAGGGCAUGGUCGACAUUCUCUGGAGACACUCCACAAGGGCCAAUUUCACUAGUACCAAUUUUCAGAUUACAGAACAUGUGUUGUUUAAUUUUGUUGUCUAGUUCUGGGGCAGAAAUUUGUUUGAUUAUUCAUUCUCCCACCUUUGAAAAGUUGGUCACCUUCUUCUAUUUGAACGUUUGGAAUUUCAUCUAAAUGACUUUUUAUCCUUGAUUCAUGGGCUUUGAUUGUCUUGGCUUAAAAUUAGUUCUAGAGUUUGCUUGUCUUGGCUUAAAAUGAGAUAGUUCUAGAGUUUGCUUGUAUGGGCUUAAAAUUAGAUAGUUCUAGAGUUUGCUUGUCUUGGCUUAAAAUUGGAUACCCCAGUAGUUCUAGAGUUUGUUUGUCUGGGCUUAAAAUGAGAUAGUUCUAGAGUUUACUCUUCAAAAUCCAAGUUAAGGGUGCAUUUUUAAAAAACCAGCUGCUCAGUUUUGUCUCACAAGUUUUUUAACUGUAUACUUCUUUUGUAUGUAUUGAUUCAAUGUACUUAAUGAUAGUUUCAAUCUAUCAGGCUCAGAUAUAACAUUUGAAGCUCAAAUCUUGAACAAUGUAUUUGUUUUCAAACAUUGGUUUUGUGUGCCUUAACUUUUUUCAUUUUGUUCAUCCUUGAUUCAUUUGUAUUCUUUUAUUUUUAAAUAACUAUUUUAUGCUAUGUGUUCAUAAAAAAUUUUGUUUAAUAUAUUUCAUUGAAUGGAGAGCUUACCCAAAUGAUGCUAAGUUUAACUGACAAAAAAACAUUUGAGGAUUGCAAAUUUUUAAUCUGGCCGACAACAAAGUUUUAAUCUGGCUUUUGCUUUGUAUUCAAAUAUUUCAGCAUUUAAAUCAUUACAUUUAAUUAGUACAUCAUAACUGAAAUUACUGACAUUAAGUAUUGACUGACUAUUCAUAUGUCACUGUGCUGACUUAACACAUUUUAAUAAAGGUUACCAGUUGUACAUUUGGUAAGGCAACAGUAGUUCAAAGAUGGUAGGUAACAUUCAAAUUUAAAAAUGUGCCCGUUUUUUCUUUCCUCAUUAAAUAUCUGUAUUAAAGUAAAUUUUUUAAAAUAUACUUAAAAAAAACAAACCAUCAAACAAUAACUGCGAAGUAAUUUAUAGAAAUGUCUACAUGAUAAUUCAUCACUAAUUAAACCAAAAACAAAUUUCACAUGAUUUGGCUUUCUUCAUCACAUGAAGCUAUUUUUAUUAAAAAUUUUACAUCUUUUAUUACCAAUUUGAUCACAUUAUAAAAUAAGGAUUUUUUUUUAAAAUCAUUUCCUGAUGUACAAAUCAAUAAAGAACUGUAUCUCUUAUGUCUAACAGUCUCCUAGAUCUCCAGGCUUCUCUUAUGUCUAACAGUCUCCUAGAUCUCCAGGCUUCUCUUAUGUCUAACAGUCUCCUAGAUCUCCAGGCUUCUCUUAUGUCUAACAGUCUCCUAGAUCUCCAGGCUUCUCUUAUGUCUAACAGUCUCCUAGAUCUCCAGGCUUCUCUUAUGUCUAACAGUCUCCUAGAUCUCCAGGCUUCUCUUAUGUCUAACAGUCUCCUAGAUCUCCAGGCUUCUCUUAUGUCUAACAGUCUCCUAGAUCUCCAGGCUUCUCUUAUGUCUAACAGUCUCCUAGAUCUCUAGGCUUUUCUUAUGUCUAACAGUCUCCUAGAUCUCCAGGCUUCUGUGCAUUGCUUGUUUUUCUAACUAGUUCUGAAAGAGAUUCUCACUUUAUUUUUUUUGUUUGUUAUUUCUUCACUAGUCAUCAUUUGUUUCAAUUUGUUUGGCUUCUGUAUUUAUUGUAAACUAUACGUUUCUUACAAGAAAUAUUGUUUCAGAAACUCAUUUUCAAAUGUUUGCUUGUUUUGAUCAUUGCCCAAAGAGAACACAUUUUUUUUUUAUCAUUAAGCUUUACUGUAGAUUCAUUCCAUUUUUUUUCAAUAGGUUUGGCCAGAAAAUAAAUUAUAUAUAUAUAUUUCAGUAGAUAUAUUUUUUUACUAUUAAUUGUACUUAUAGUUGAGGUUGUAAAAUAGUGAGUUUUCAAACAAGCAAUAUCUUUUUAAUACUUCUAAGUCUAGCAACUAAGUAAUUAUAGUUUCCCCUUUCAGACCUUGCGAUCUAUGGGGCUGAGGAUGUUAAGGUCAUCUGUUUUUUUUUUGGCCAACGGUUUACGCGCAGGGUGUUACGUGGCCAGCACAACGACCAACCGCCUUUACUUUCCCCAUUAGAGUUGGGACGACUCAGGGGCGCCCUGAAAAUCCAGAAAUUCAAAAGCCCAGUCCUCACCGGGAUUCGAACCCAUGGCCUUAGGUUCAGAACCCAAGUGCUUAACCAUUCGACCACCGCGCCCCAGUAAGUCUAGCAAGAAGAACUUUGGAGUUAGAGUAAACUGUGUGACAACGACAGCCUACGUUCCGAAUAGUUUACAAUUUAUUUCUUUAUUCAAAAGACUGCGUCUGAAAAUAAAUUGAAUGAUAGUUUCCUGUAGCAUUUUUGAAUCCUCAGUCUAAUUUUAGAACGCAAUUUAGUUCUAACCAUUUUCAUAGUUUAUUUUUGAGUAGUGUAUGUAAUGGACCAUCUUGCUUUGUUUUGUUUGUUAUUUGGUUUGGCAAUGACUUGUAUACUCAUGAUGCUUUUCAAGUAGUUGAACCUUUUGCAUUUAACAUGUAUUUUUCUUUCUUCUCUCCCUUUGGUAUGCUGCUCACAACUUCAAAAGCUGCAACACUUUUUUUUUAUGAAAAAGAAAAGUUAAACCAAAGCAAAAUAAAGAAAAAUAGGUUAAAUUAUUUUAUGCAUUUGUAGAUAAUAAUAAUUUUUUUUAUUCUUCCCUACUUUUAUAUGAUUCAUGUAUGCUCAGUUUCUGACAUUAUGACUCAUAGAUUUGUUUCAUUUGAUCAGCAUGACCUUCUUUUUGUUUUGCUUAUUAUAUCCUGUACACAAUUUUAUUUUGUUCAAUCAAAAUGUAUUCUUUUCUUUUCUUUCUUUAAUUGUGUUUAAUGAUCAGAUUAUGAAUUCUUCCAGAGGCUUUCUGAUUAUUUUUUUAUUUUUUUAAAUUAUGGAUUUAAGAUUUUAGAAACAGAAAAAGAAAAUCUAUAAAAUAUUUUAAGCCAUUUAAUGAUUUACAGGUGUUUGUUUGUCACAGACCUGUACAAUAAAGUAGUUUUAAAAACACUUUUUAUAAAAUCUCCUAGAACCAAAAAGAAAAAAUAUAACAGAACAGCAAAACCUUUAAUUAGACAUUAAAAAAAGAAUAACCUGGCCAAAAUUAAUUGUUACAAAUAUGUCAGAGUUAUAAUUAAAGAAAACUAUUUUAUAUUUAAAAUUAAAAAGGAAAAUCUCUUGUUUCUCCUUAACAAAACAAUCUUUAAAAAAAAAUGUUUUUGUCACAUUCUCAUUACCAGUUUGUUUCUUAAAUAUUUUUUUCUUACCGGAGGUAAAGCUGACCUCCCUUGAUGAAUGAGUAAUUGGUUGGUUUGUCUAAUCCUAUCACUGGCCUGCAAAUAUUCUCAAGUUACAUGUCUCAAAGGCCACUGCUGCAAUAAAAAGAUGUUGAGAUCUCCUCCCGUGGUGUUUCCUUUCAUUCAGAGUUCCUCUCGUCUUUCUCAUUUGGGCAUCUUUUGUGUCAUCGUAAUGAAUCAAGUUGGGAUUAAGCUUUUUGUUUUUCUUUUGAAAUGUAGAGUAACUGUUGGAUUCUGAGAAGUUGAGAAUAGGGUGAAGGUUUGAUUGUUUUUGGCCUUGUGCACAUUCUAUAAAAAAAACAAACGUGAUUUAUGUACAAAUAUGAAGAUGUUUAUGAACAAGUUGUCUUGAGUUUGAUAAUACAAGCUUUUCUUCAUAGUGAUAAGAUAAGAGAGUUUUGUACACUUUAUAAGAUAAGUUGUUGACUUGACUCACUUUCACUCAACAUGGGGAAUAUGUGAUUAGGGGGGGCUGACAGCUUUAACUGACCCACACUGUCAGUCUCAUCAUCUGUUCCUUGACCGUCAUCCAUAAGGGUGCUAUGACAGUUUGUGUCACCAAAUCCCUCCACUUGUCCCUGUCAGCAGCUGUUCUUAGCAGGAUAUCAAGAGAGAGGCCAGUCCAUUCUUGUUUGUUGUCUAGCCAGGUUUUCUUUGUGUUUCCUCUACUUGAAAGAAUGAUUUUUGACACUGAAUCCUGUCUUACAAUAUGACCAAACCAGCUCAGCUUUUGUCUCUUUACAGUGUUGAGGAGUUCCUUCUUUUUGCCAGCCAGAGUGUUAACUUCCAUUUUAGUCAAACGGAUUAUUUAUUUGUAGAGCAUGAAAAAUGUUUGCUGCCUAUGACAAGGGAAAUUUGGAGCUGAUUUCUCCCAGGCUUAAGUUCUUGAUGUAUGCUCUGAAUGCUGUCUAGCAGUUUUUCUAUCUGUUGCUAGGAUCUUACAGCUUGGUGUUCUGGAACUUGACUUUUUACCUUGUCUAAACUAAAAUGAGGUGUGAAUCCUGUGUUCACAAUUACUUGGAGAAAAUAGAUGCAUACUCUUAAUGAAACACAUUAUUUUGAUGGAGUUGUUAUUAUGGCUUCCACUAGCUCCCACUGGAAUAACUUGCCCAGUGUGCAGCCAAACAUUCCAGGCUCACAUAGGUUUCACAAGCCACAUGAGGAGGCACAAAGUAGCAGUGCAAAGCCCUCGGCUUCCUGGGUGGCAAAUAUAGUCGUCAUUGUAUUAUGAUUAAUGAAGUAUAUCAGGGCUUCCUCUAUCUUGAGAGACAGUGGAAGUAUCCAGAAUUUUCUCUAAUAGGUAGUUUUUUUUUAGGCCUUAGAUGAGGGUGUCAAGGCAACAUGGUUGCCUGGUUGUGCGGUUUGCGCGCUGGACUGUCGUUUGGAUUUAUCGAUGGUCCUGGGCUCAAACCCUGCCCGCUCCCAUCCCCCGUCGUCCUGCGGGAGGUUUGGACUAGGAAGUAAUUAUCUUCAACUCUGAAGGAACAUCCGAAACAUGUAAAACAUUUUACAAACAAACAUGUACCUUUUCUUGACCAUACUGAUUGAUCAAACAAAAGGAAUGCUUUACCAUGUGUUAGGCACCAACUUCCUUGCAGGAGUUGUCAGAGGAUAAAUUAGAAUUGAUUGUCCCAUCGCCUGAGGGGGCGCCACCACUGCUUUUUCCUUGAAGUCGACUUCUAAACUCUUUGUUUGUCGAUAUACAUAACAAAGAAUAAAUAAAUCUAAGCUCUGAAAGUGUGCAGAUCAAUUUCUCUUUUCAUUGUUGUAAUGACCAUGCACUCUAGAUAGUACUUAGCUAACCCCAGUAUUUCAAAGCAGACUCUGUGUUCAUGUGUGUGCUGUUAUGAACUCAAUAGUUGAGUACCUACCAUUGUUUACAGUUGUUUAGUUGAUUGGCUCAAUAUAACUUUGUGAUUCUUUGACCUGGUGUUUGGUGUGGCAAUGUUGCUACCUGCGAUGAUCUAUGUUUGGGUGAUUCUCACCUGUUCUAGUCCCAACUGAUGAAUCAACAUUUGAUGUAUGAAGUAUUCUCUUGAAGUCACCAGUGGUUCUCUUUAUGGUAUUCGCUGUCUUCUUGGUUGAGACUGAUGGUCUGUUGAAGAAAUGCACAGACUAUAAAAAUAGAUCUUAAAUUUAUCCCCAAAAGCUCACUGCUUCCUCUGCUUAAGAUGGGACAUAUAAAUUUUAGAACUGUAUCACAUAAAAUUCUUAAUUUUUGAAAAGAAUGGUUCAUUAUUAUUGUAACACGUAACAUAUAAUUUUAUUGUAUUUUCAUUAAACUAAUAGCCCACUUUAAAUUUAAUUAUAAUUUCUUUUUUUUAAUAUACAUAUGUAGAAAACUAUAAAUAAAAUAAAUAAAUCUUUGGUCCCCAAAUGAGGUCAUAAUUUAUUUCUGUGGCUGUUCUUAAAAUCCUAUCAUGGUUUGGAUUGUGGGUAAUUAAAAAAAGAUUUACUUGAGAUUUAAAAAUUAAAAUAUUGAGAUCCAAAAAGUUAAAUCCCUUUAAAAAUAAAUUUGAUGUUGGUUCCCUUAAGAACACAGUUUUAGGAAACAACAGUUAAAAACCUAGUUGGAGCUAAUUAGUAGAAAAUAAAAUACAGAAUUACAAUUUUCUUUAUGAAUCAAUGUUUGAUGUAUUUUUCUAUUUACACAGUCGGAUCUAUUUGAACAAUAAUUUGUUAUUUAGGGCACAAAAUACAUUGCACAUUUUUUGUUUCUUUUACUCUCUUAAAAUUGAUUUCUAAAGCAUUUUUCUAAUUGUGUUGUAACUCAAUUUAACAAGCUCAUGUCAACUAUCUCUCUUUAAAUAGUAUCAGAGUUGAGUGAGUUCAUUGAUUCAUUUGUUUAACUUAUUCUGAUAUAUUCAACUCACCCUGUUUUAAAGUUGAGGUUGCUAGUGUGCAUCCACUGUUCAGUAGAGAGACUUCUGUUUUUAAAUACAUUUGUAUCUACAUCUCAUGCAGUCAAAAUAGCACCUUUAUUUAUGUAUUGUAUCAUAGUUUCGGUGUCCAUGGCACUUCCAAUAGAGUAGCAAUCAAAGUUGUAAUUCUUUAUCUGGUGUAUUUUCCUUAACUCUUUCUCUCCUAACUGACGAUACCAACGUUGAUUCCACCAGAAUGUGGUAAAUAAUUACGGAGAGAAAGAGUUAACAUCAUGUUGAUCAAAUCACUAACAAUUCAAAACAAUAAGCUAAUGCUAUUAUGCCGUCCAUGCAAGAAGUAUUAUUCCCCCCCCCCCCCCCCCCCCCCCUCUGAAUACAACUCAUUUAUUUCCAACAUCUGUGAUUGUUUGUCCAUCGCCUACCCAAAGUAAUCUCCCUUGUUAGAGUUAGCUGCACUCCCCCCCCCCCCCACCAACCUGGUCCUCCCUUUGUUGUUCUAAUCUUAGCUGUGAUGUCAUCCUUCCAGCAUGCCUUACUCAUUAAUCUAUCUAUUUAUUUUUACAAAUGUAUAUUUCUGUGUAAAAUAUUUAGUAAAAUAUUUAAGUGCUCUAUUUAUCUUCAUUAAAAGUUAAAAGACUUAUGCAACAUGGUGCAACUAGGGUAGACAAUAGGAACCUUUUUUUUUUCAGUAUGUUUUGUGAAUAUGUGAAAUAGGUUUCAUGUUUUAAAGAUUAUUAAUAUAUUAUGUUUUUAAUAACUAAAUGCAAAUAGAAGGCGAGUUUAAAAAGUACUUAAUUGUGUUUUGUCAUUGUAAAAAAAAAAAAGGUAGUGUCAAUAAACCUUUUAACAUUGAUUUAAUUAAUUAAUUACUGAAUUGAGUAUUUUUUUUGGUCUAUCUCUAUUAUAAUAUAAUUUCUACUAUACCAGUUAAAGGAUAGUUUUAUUCUCUCAACAUCUUUACCCUGUAAAUUGAUCAUAAAUUGAGAGAGAUUGUUUCUAUUUGUAUACCACUGUAGAAUCUGCCCCUGAGUUUGACUCUCCUGCCCUCCUCCAGGAGCUUUGGGCUAGGACAUCAACAUAUCUUCUAUCCUGAAACUUGUAAAACUUAUCUUGCAAACUAAGUCAUUUGUUUGGGAACAUGUCUUGCAAACUAAAUCAUUUGUUUGGAAAACGUUCUCAAGAAACAUUGCAAACAAUUUUUCUGGAUUAAUGUUACAGAAAGUAGUACACUGUGUUCUACCUGGUAUUAUUCCGAUUUUAACUUAAGUAAAUUUAAUCAUGUACUUAUUUAACUUUUAUGUUUGUGCAUGUUAUUUAGACCAUCUUUUGUUUAAAUACUAAGAAUUUUUCUAUUUGCAGUAAAGAAUUUUGACUAAAA